CAGAUAGGCGAACACCAGGACGGACAGAGAAGCAGGCCCGUAAGCUAGCAGACAAACAGACAGGGCUGACCACAGCAAGCUCCUCCUCUUUGGCAUGGGUGAGGCCGAUAAGCCACUCACCCAGUUCGAAAAGAUACAGGACCCUGCCAAACUCAGCGAGCAAGAAUGGAGAGAUCGUCUCACGCCCGAUCAGUUCUACGUCUGCCGUCAGCGCGGAACCGAACCCGCAUACAUUGGACGAUACGUGAGGUUCGACAAGAAAGGGGGUUAUCACUGCAUGGCUUGUGACGCGUUCCUGUUCAAGUCGGAACACAAAUAUGCUUCUAAUUGCGGAUGGCCGGCAUUUUUCGCUGCGAAGACCGACAUCAAGGACGGAGAGGAGACCGUAGUGCGUAAAGAAGACAAUUCACUCGGCAUGCGGCGCGUAGAAGUAACGUGUCGAAAAUGUAAUUCACAUCUCGGCCAUGUUUUUCCUGACGGACCUCUUCCGACGAGAGAACGCUUUUGUAUAAACUCAAUGGCCAUCAACUUCCACAAAGAAGCCAGCAAGAAGUAAUGUGAUCUACAACGAACAUCGUCGUCUAGUUUGCUGGCGAUCGCCAGCGACUACGGAAUGCGUCUUCAAUCACUCAUCUACCAUGACAUCAUUUGUUCAUCCAUCACAAAUCAUCCUCCGAAUAGAUAAUAUAUACAAUAUCUCCGACCAAUCACUUUCGCUAAGAAGCAACUAUAAACCUAUUCGUUCGCCUGCAUACACCAUUUAUUACAUCGGGAGCAAGUCCAGCGCGAUAAGAGAUCGCUGUCUCCUAGGAAAUCUUCACGAGGCUAGAAUCGGGUUUCCUCAUUGCUCCCAGCUCGUUGAACUUCCUUCGUUUUACCUCGUCCGAGAACUGAGUAUACCACACUAUACCACACCAGUAGUGCUGAUACCACGGUCGUUAGACCGAAGUAUCAGCACUUGACAAUUCCCAUGCUGAUGACGCUGAAGCCAGAACGGAGUCCUUCCUCAGCGUCGGUAUGUCGCUACGAAUCUC